AUGACGGCCGAUCAGAACGAAGCAGCUCAUAACGAGGUCGACUCUUGGAUUGUGCAGAAAUUUGGGGGCACGAGCAUUGGAAAAUACCCUCUCAAUGUUGUUGAAAAUGUCAUCAAGCCCGCCACCCGUUACCAUCAAGUGGUAGUCGUUUGCUCUGCAUUGAGCGUUAGCACUAAAAGUGAAGGCACUACGAACCGGCUUCUGCAAGCCUACAGACACUGUCUGAGUACUGACUUCGAGCGGUCUAAUCUACUUGUCCAAAACAUCCGUAUCGAGCACACCAGUGCCGCUUAUGACUAUAUAAAAAGCCCGAUACUCAUCGCCGAGCUUGUGCAAGAAAUCGACCAAGAAUGCGAGCGGGUCGUCCAGCUUCUUCGAGCAACCAAAAUCAUCGGCCAUGGCACCUCGUAUAUAAUGGACAAGGUCAUCAGUACGGGUGAACGACUGGCCUGUUUCUUCGUCUCUGCCGCGCUGCGCGACCGGGGUAUCACAAGCGAGACCAUCGACUUUUCCGAGAUCGUUCCUUCUCUCAUUCAGAGCACAAUGGACCAGUCUUUCUACCACAGCUUGUCAGACACGAUGGCUAAGCGAAUCCGGAGAUGCCAGGCCACCGUGCCGGUUGUAACAGGCUUCUUCGGGCCUAUCGAUCGCGGUCUUCUCACGCAGAUUGGUCGCGGUUACACUGAUUUCUGCGCCUCGAUGAUAUCUGUAGGAUUACAGGCACAGGAGCUGCAAGUCUGGAAAGAAGUAGAAGGCAUCUUCACAGCUGAUCCAAGCAAGGUGCCCAACGCCAAGAUGCUUCCGGUAAUCAGCUCCGAAGAGGCCUCAGAGCUGACUUUCCAUGGCUCCGAAGUCAUCCAUUACGCAGCCAUGCGCUUAGCGAUGCGUGCGAGCGUUUCAAUGCGCAUCAAGAACGUCCUCAAUCCACAGGCACCAGGGACGCUAGUUGUGGAUGACUGGAAAGGUCUCAGUCCUUCGCCAUUGACCCCGCUCUCCAUCGAUUGUGCUGCAGUGCAGGAGCCUCUACUUUACAUGUACGAUGGCGGUCCACCGACCCCAAUCGCUAUCACAUCGAAAGACAAGAUCUUGCUGAUCAACAUCCGGUCUGCGGAACGACUAAAGGCGCACAGCUUUUUGGCCGGCAUCUUCUCCGUGUUUGACAGGUGGAACUUGUCCAUUGAUCUCAUUUGUACCAGCGAGGUCCGAGUGUCCAUAGCAUUACACUCUGAAGUCCCGCUGAUCACCGGCGAUGAUGAGGACGACUUACAACCCGUUCGGCAAGAACUCAAAAGUGCGAUAAAGCAGUUGCAAGACUACGGAGAUGUGGAGCUUCUACACAACAGAACUAUCGUUAGUCUGGUUGGCAAGCAGGUGAGACGGGCACUGGGUGUGACGGGACAGAUGUUCUCUACGCUGAGUGAAAACCGCAUCAAAAUUGAAAUGAUCACACACGGAGCAAGCGAGAUCAGCACAUCCUGCGUCGUCCAAGAGCAGGAAGCUGGGCGGGCAGUGGCGCUUCUACAUGCGGUGUUUUUCAGCGCUCACGAGAACCAGCCAUCUUCAGCACUUUCGAAGUCUCGCACGGACGUUGCACUAACAAUGCAGGGAUCUGCGGGUGGGAGUCGGCUCAAGUAUGAUAGGGGACUUUUGGCUGUGACAGGUUAA